AACGGAGGCGGGGAUACGGGAGGACAGUAGGCAGCUGCUAGUAGAGGACCGUUGUAUCCUCCUGAAUGAUUUAAUCAUGUGAGGGAUUGAUGGAGCCUUCUUUAUCGACAUGAAGUCGGACUUUCUGGGGGGACAGCUGAUACCGAGGCGCCGUGCAUGCUGCUGAGGAGGUGGUUUUCCCAGACGAGGGUGGUGGGAGGCGACGGCCCCCGCGGUGCUGUGAGACCGAAAGGGAGGACUAGCGUCAGCUAGCGAGCACAACGUAACGACUUCCGGGAUUGUAUUUUCAAAAUAAAAAGCUCCGAGGAGAACACGAUGCGUUUUGGUUGAGUUUCCCGAUAGUGUAGUUUUACUGACGCGCUUAAAAUCGAUAAAGGCGAAUAAGUGAUGGGUUUAUGCGUACGCUGCGAUUUUUCGCGGCACUCGUUCCUCAUAAACGCAAGAUCGACAAACGGGCCGCUUUUACUUUGGUGGAAUCUUCCGUGUUGCCAGGCCAACGGUUGUUAGCUGCUGGUGGCUUGACAGACACAAGAAGAGGUGAAGUUACAAAGCCUCGGAACCAAAACAAGACUUCACAGCCUGCGGUGGACAACGUCGCCUUGUUAUGAAUGGGACCUGCCUCGUCUCACUGUGUGUGUUUCGAGCCAAAUGCCUUUUAAACCGCAGGAGCCGUCGUUUAUCUGAAAUCGGAGCCCCGGUACGGUUUGGAUUAAUAACGGUGGGGACGUUUUCAGCGGAUGCACUUAAAACGAAACAAAUCCCUGAUGUCGAGAUGAACUUGUGUCUUUUGUCCUCACAGGUUUCCCCUUUAAGAUCAACAUGUACCGUCCAACACUGACAAACAAGUACGAGCUCUUGUAGCUGGAGGAGGACUGCCUUCCCCUAACUCUUCCUCCUCCUGGGAAUCGAUGACGGGCCCCAACUCCCCGAGCCGGUCCGGCACCUCCUCGACCAAGCUGAGCAGGCACGGCCGGUCCAAGAGCACCAGCUCACACUGCCUCCUCCGGUGCAGCACCCAGGAGGACUCCUCCGCCUCCCCCCCUAACAACAGCUCCAGGUCCCCCGGGGAGGAAGAGGAGAAGGAUGGAGGGGUUCUGUUCUACGUCAACAGGACCGGUUUUCCCAUCGAGGGCGUAACCUGGGAGAGGAUGUGGUCCCAUGUGGCUGCCGUGCACCCCGAGGGCCAGGAGAUGGUGGACACGAUACGAAACGCCGCAUACCUUCCCAAGCAUGCUGUUCCCUCAGUCCCGAACUUCAAACCGUCCAUGUCGGUCCCUGACUGGCUGGUGGCCAUCCAGAACUACAUGAAGGCUCUGCAAUACAACCACACAGGAACCCAAUUCUUUGAAAUCAAAAAGAGCCGUCCACUGUGUGGGUUAAUGGAGACGGCAAGAGAGAUGAUCAGGGAGUCUUUGCCAAUCAAAUGUCUUGAAGCCGUCAUCUUGGGAAUCUACCUGACCAACGGGCUGACGUCUCUCGAGCGUUUCCCCAUCAGCUUUAAGACCCAGUUUUCAGGCCACUGCUUCCACCACGUUGUGCUGGGCGUCUACUGCAACGGACGUUAUGGAUCACUGGGCAUGAGCCGCCGCCAGGACCUGAUGGACAAACCACUGACCCACCGCACUCUGGGAGAACUGGUGGCCGAGUUCGAGAGCUCCUACAAGAGAUACCAGCACACUCUGAAGAAGGUGAAAAUCGGCCUGUAUGUGCCUCACGACCCCCACAUCUUCCAGCCAAUCGAGUGGAAGCAUUUGGUGCUGAAUGUUGCCCGACUGGGAGCUCAAGAGAUGAAGAAGGAGCUGGAGAAACACGGCCGGGACAUGAGGAUGAAGAUCCUUAAAUCGUCUAGUGCCCAGUCACCAAUCAAGGAGCGGAGCCGGGGGAAAUCCUUAUCACCACGGCGACGACAGAUCAGUCCGCAGCGACGCAUUACACAUCGCAGAGACAAAUCGCCGGCCUCGGUGGAGAGGAAACCUCCAGAGCUCAGCACUCUCAACGACGGCUACCAGAUCCGCAUCUGAUCCCCCUUCUUCACCUCCCAAUCAUCCCAAAUCCGUCCAGCCUCCUCAGCCACCUCGAUCCAAGAGUCUCUACCUGCCACCAGUGUUUUUAUGAGAGGAGUCAUUGCAGCUGGAGCAGCUGGAUCUCACACAGACAAGGUGGAUGAUGAACACAAAAAUAUGCGACGAGAGCUUUUCUGAGCUUGAACAGGAAGAACUUCUUAGAAGCUUUAGACAGAAAGUGACAGUUGGUCUGGUUUUAAUACUUCAUAGUGGACACUGGCCGCUCUUUUGUUUUACACUGACACAUUUCAGUCACGUAGCUGAAGGACUUUACUCUCUUGAUGUAGGAUAAGUUUCAGAAGAUAUCAGUAAUAUCAAUUUAUGUCUAGAUUUUCAACAUUUUAAUCAACUGGCAGGAAGGAAUUAAAGGCUGAGAGCCAUCGUGUCCUGACAACAGAUACCAGUAAGUAUUUCUGUGACCCCCUUAGUGACCAUGUGUCUAGAGAAGGGUUACAACAGGAAGAGAAGAAAAGGUAGAUAUGUCAGUAAAAAUAGUUGAACGUAUUGGUUGAGAGAGACAAAUAGCCACGAUGGAAGAGUCACAGCAAAAAGAUGUUAAGACUUAGUCAAUUUAUUGGUGGUUUUGGCAUAUUAUUGUAUAAAAUAAUCAGUUAUCAUAGUAGGACUUCUUUAGCACAAUUUCACGACAGAGAAGUUAGGCAUUUAAUAUCUUUUGUCAGGGAGGUGACUCUUUCACUUUGCUGUCAGUUUUCCAACAUGACGGCGUUCAUUGAGGCCUGGAGGCUUCAGGCAGACAGCCAAACAUGAGAUCAUAAGGGAGCAGGAGAUUCACAGGUGUAGCUGUUGUUAUCCCACUUUAUUCUCACACGCCUGCUCAACUACUGCUGUACUUUGGCUUCGUCUUUAAGAAAAAGAUCACUAAAGGAAUGUUUUAGGUACGCUUUGAUUUUUUCCAAAAACCUUCCUGAACCAGCAGCUUCAGUUUAAAUAUGAUGACUAAGAAGGCUUCCAUGUUCAGGGUCCAUCGAUCAGAGUGGACGAGUGUAGAAUAAGGAGAGGGCGUUGAAUAAAGCAUGCAGGGAAAUCAAAGACACUGAGUCGAUGGAGAGGAAUAGGAAGUAGAAGAGGAGAGGACAGGAGUGAGGAGAGAGAGAGAGGAUUCACUGCAGAAGAUCAGAGAAUGAUCAUUAGAGCACUGCGGCAAACCUCCCGUACCCCCCCUCUUCUUCAUUCUCCUCUUCUCCUCUUCCUCUGCCCUCUGUUGACACAUAACUGAAUACAUAACCACAGCUCUGUUUCCAUCCAUUCUGAACAUCAGAAAGAAACUCCUCCAGACAGACAAAAUACAGACUACUGUUGUACAAACAGGGAGCAGUCUCAGUAUUUUAAUACUCAGGCUGACAAAGCCUGCUCCUUUAUGUCUUCAUAUUUACUAUUAAUGGGUCAACAUCAUUAUUUAUUUAAUCAAAUUGAUUUCUAUUUUUAUUUAUUGUGUAACCGCAAAGGAAAAAAAUCUCUUGUUGGAUGGAAACUUAGCUGCAGGGUGUCUUUACAGGUGCAGAAAUCACACCGACCCCUGUAAUUAAAAUGACUCUACAAUCUAGACCCGUGGAGCAGGAAAGAAUUGGAGGGUUCACUACUUUAUUAAAGGGAUGAGAAAGAUUUCUUUUAAAUAUUCAGUUACACAACAUUUUGUUUAUUUUUUUUGCUAAUAUUUUUUUGAGUAAUACUGGGUUACUUUCACCUCUUCAGAACAGCUCACAGCCCUCACGUCCACUGAACCCAUAACCUUUGAUGAAGGGCCACAAAUAGACACAGCUUCAUUUUAAGGGGUCAAAGACAAGAAGGUUGGGAACCACUCAUCCAAACCAGUGGACUUUGGAGGCCUGAAGAAGUGAAAGUAUCCAGUGUUACACAAGAAAAAAGAAAAAUCAUCCCUUUAAUCAACUUGUAGUUUCUCAUAUUUGGGAAAAUAAUAAUAGCCUAGACAGUAAUUGUAGUAAAAAAAAAAAUACUAAAGCUACAUUACCUAAGAUUAAAAUGUUUGGCGAAUGAGAACAUUGUUGGUUAAACGUAUUCUGAUCUCACUCAAAGUACCUUAAAAAACAUUCAAUCAAUAGUAUUUCCAGAACAAGUCAGCAGCAGAAGGCAAGUGGAGUUUCAUAUGUGUCGACCAAACUGAGCAGUAGCCAACCCGUGUGUUCACACAGUAAACUAACUGUGAGCUGUUAGCCAGCUGGAUGCUGCCUUCACAGCUGGAAAAUAAAAUGAUUCAGCUGGUCCCAGUUCAGCCGCAGCCAGUUUGUCCACUCAGACAAACAAGAAGUGAAGGCAGAUGUUGUUGGCUGGGUGAACACAUUGUAACAAAGGCCUCAUUCAAGACAGAUUUACGUGGCAGCGGGAUACAACACUCUGUGCACGCUGUCUGCGGAUAUUAAAGGCGGCCCGGAGCUUAGGGUCAGGCCCUUCGAAGGCUCUGAAAUGAUUGUUUGCUCACAAAAAUACUUUUCUAUUAUUUAGAUUUGUCAUGUUUUAAUGUCAAUGAUGAAUUGCCUUUUGGUUUAAAAUAGAAAUCUAUUGUGAUUCAGAGUCAAAAGACACAUGAGGGUGAAAAUCUGCUCAGCUUUGUGUUUGGCAAAUAUCAAAGUUUAACUUUGCAGGAGACAAAUAAGUGUCAGGAAACCACUAAAGUUCUCAGAGCAGCUUGAUAAAUCAUUCUUUCGCUCUGUGAAACUUCAGUACCAAGUGACCUAUGAGAGCCCAUUCAGUACUGUAUGCACUGUUUCACGCUCGUAUGCGUGAUGUAUCAUAAGGAUUGUCCAAUAAACCCAAACGAGUUUGAAUUUGUUUGAGGUUUUUUGGAUUCUCCUGUUGAGGCCUUCGAUGAAUCUAAGCUGAGAAGCUUGAAAUCUCACGCCGAUAUUUGUACCAGUUCUGAUACAAAUGCUUGAAAUGACGGCAGAAUAUCACAUAUCAAAGCCGGAUAUCGUAUCACACAGUACAGAAACCUGAAAUCAAAAUGGAUAUCUAACAUAUGCUGUUAGUCAUACUGUACUUAGAUACAGUAGAUAUAUGUGUACACAUAAAUACAUCUAUGUUUAUUCAUGUUUGUUACAUCCACAGAAUGUACUGUACAGUUUGAAGCCUUCAGACUGAGAACUAUAUAAGUCAGUUUUAAUUAAGAAAAUAUAUGUAAGUACAACCCUCCACUGCUGGCCCUGACCAGCUCUAUCCACAGAAUUAAAGGGUUAGAUGUGUUGCUCAAGGGCGUCUAGAAAAUGGGGUUUUUAUUCAGAUUAAAUCUGUUUUAAAUUAAAAAGCAACUUGAUCUCUGAAGGUCUGGCUACUUAGAACUAAAUUGAUGAUACAACCGUCGGCCUUCAGGACACUUGAAGAAUGACAACUGACUUCUAUAGUUUUCAUCUGAAGGAUUCAUUUGAAGAAAAAAGUUGUUUCCUAAAAUCAAGCACGACGACUUCCUUUGUUCAAUAAAGCUGCAGCAGGCAACUUACAGAUCUGGCAACCAAAAGUGGCAAUGAGAGCUAGAAACAAAAGACCUAUUUAAAGGCUAUUUCAUUUUUCUUGUUUUGGUCACAGAUCAGUCAUCAGCAGAAGGAUUUCAGUGUACAGAAUAUUUCCGAUUUAUUGUCGUCUGAUUGUUUUCUGACUUUUCUUUGAAUGUUCCACGGUGUCUUCUCGCUCACAGAACAAGUGUGUUUAACUACGGACAUUUUUACCCUAGCUUUUUGUUUUAACAACAAGCUAUGCACACACUGUGUUAGAGAGCAGGUGAUGAUAAAAAAAAAACUAAAAUCCUAGUCUUCCACAAUUCAAACGAUGGAGGAGGAAGGUCUUUGUGGCUCGAUCUACACAAGAACAGAUGACAUUUUAAACCAUCAUUUAAAACAAUUCUACUCUAACCGGGACCCCUUGGUAGCUUUUCUUCACAACGUAUAACACAAAGCUUUCCCUCUGUGUAGAUCCAGCCUGAGCCAUUAUCACUGAUUCAAGGUGCUGUAAGAAAAAGCAGAAUAUUUUUACAUAUUUCUGACGUCUGGCCAGUAGUGGACCAUUAGCACAGCCCAGAGGCCGAGAUCUGACCAUUCACAUCUCCGACUCUGGCGCAAACCAACCAGCUCAACGUGUUAAUAUUUGUAUUGAAGGUUAAGUGUUGAUAUUUUCUACAGGCUUGAUGUUUGUUAGCAGACGAAAGAAGCACAACGCUGCUUUUGCUUUUUGAGUAUUUAAAAUCCUAUUACACACCGGCGUGGUGGACAAACAGAUGGAAGAACUGAUACAUAUUCACACUGAAGAAGCUACAUAUCUUUGGAGUACAUAUUCUCACAUGUAUUUUUGGAACUAUACAAAAUACAAGAGAUUUAAGGACCUAAAGUUCCCAAAUUUCACCCGUUGCAAAGAUCCGAACUGCAGUUCCGGAGGAUUUUACCCAACAACAGUGACAAACUACCUGACCGCUCAGCACAGACUCAAAAACUGUGACCGGAGUCAAAAACAAACAACCCAAACAACCUGAAACAGUGAUACUAAAUGUAGCAACUGAAACCUGUUCUUAUGUCAGUUUGCAAUAGAGACUUUUGUGCUUGACAAUUUAUCUUAUUGAAUGUUUUCCUUUUUAGUUUUGUUUUUUUUUUCAGCUUGUGGUUUUACUUCUCGAUUCUGUUUUAUGAAGACAUUUGGGUUUGAUUCAUUGAUUGUACUCUAUCAUUUUGAAUGAGAAGCAUUUGUUCAAAGAAAAAAAAGAAAAGAACAGCUUGUAGUUGUAGCAGGUUGUUCUUUUUGAUGGCCUUUGAUUCGUUUCCAAAGUGCUGAUACCGCGUUUCUCAACUCCAUCUUAGUCGUAAUCUCACUGUACUGGUAAACGUACUGUAGUCUGUUCUAAAAUCGGUGAACUUUGAAGACCACGCUGGAUACAAAUUCGACCACAUGAAGAUCUUGAAUCUCUGCUUUGGCCCAUUUUAACAGCAGUGAUGUCAGUAAUAUACAUUUUGAAUAGUUUACACACUAGUUGACCUACCUAGGUGACUAAUCCAUUAAAUCAGAAAGCUCCCUGUUGCAUAUGAUAAGGUCAUUUUUGCUGGACAAAAAAAAAUUGCUUUACAUUUUGUGUUCAUGCUGAAACUCUCAAAAGCCGAACCAAAUUCAGAGCAACAUAUCCGUUUAACAAAGACAUUCGGUGGACACGAUAAAUGUCCAUGUGAUGCUUCCAGUGCCUCAGCAGUAUGAGUUUAAUCAGAUUAUUUAAAUAUCUUUAUUUAAUUUUUGACUUUUUGUCUUUUUUUGAAGAAGAAGUUGCUAAUGUGCAUUGUAAAAACAAAGUUCUGUCACAGUUGUAUUUAACCAGAAAACGUCAGUCCACAGUCACAACUGUUCCCUCGUGUUUGGCUGACUGGUUUGUUUUCCAUUCUCAACGAUUCUGUGAUUUUCUGUGUUUUUUUGCCCUUUGUUUUGCCUGUUUCAAGAAACAUUUUCCUUGUUACGAACAUUUUAAAGCAGACAGAUCGGCUCUGCGCUGCGAAGAACAAAGGGACAGUCAGCCUUUUAUCAAACUCUCAAGUCUGACGUUACAUAAGACGAGCAAAAAUUCUGUGUGGUGUGUGUGUGUGUGGGAAUCGAACCCUAAAACCACUGUAACCGUAUUCAGCCAGAAUCUUAACUGAUCAAAGCUCAUUGACGGGACUGAGGAACUCUGAUGAAUUUAUUUUGUGGGAACUCCACAGAACCCUGAGGAGCUGACCUACACACACAAACACACUUAUUAUUAUUAUUAUUAUUAUUAUUUUUAAAGAGCGUUGUUGAGUCCGCCCAGGUUCCCUGUGUGAGGAUGUGGUGUGGUUUUGUAUUCCUGUGGAGAUGCAUAGUAGGAAAAGAUGUGACCCUCAGUCAAUAUUACUAUUGUAACUUUCCUACUGUUACAGUACCAGUGGUCUGACAGCAGCUGUUUUUAUCAACAACUGUAGCAGCAUGUGUUCUUUUAAUAAAUGAUCUAUGUUUUUAA